AUGCCAGGUAAGUACUCAUCAUUAUAUCAUAAACAUUUUAAUAUAACCUGUCAGUGUCAAGUUGAUUGAGAUCACUCUCUAAUUUAAUGCAAGAGGAAAACAGGAAGUGCUUGACUAUCGGUAAUAACUUGAGAAAUGAACUACUUUUAAUUCCUAAAGAACGUAAUGAUGAUGGCACUGUAAAACUGCUCAAAUCCCCUGUUGGGUGUUAGUCAUCUAUUUCAAUGAAUAACACCUCCCACUCUUCCUUCCUGUGCCACCAGCGAAUCAGGCCUUUGUCACCCUGGCUACCACAGACAGCUACUGCAUGGGGGCUCUGGUGGUAGGACAGUGUUUACGACGACACAGGACCACACGCCAGACUGUUGUGAUGGUCUCCACUAAUGUCUCUAACCAGGCGCGGUGAGAGAAGUCCCUGCAUCUCAGACAGAAAUAUAAUAUGAUAUCACUGAGUCAUGGAGAGUGACGCAUGACCUAUUAGAAUUUGAAUUAAAGUUCUACUCUGUGUCUGUGACAGAGGUCCCAGAAAAGCUAUCAGACAAAUGCAGUAUUUGGUUUCUCAUCAGUUAAGGGGGCAUUAGAUUAACUGGAUGGAGUCUUUUGCAGUCCUGGGUGCGCUGUGGACCUAGUGUAUUUCUUGUGUAUUGAAGUCAUGUAAAAUCAGAUUGUAGUUGUAGUAAAUCCCCUGUGUUCCCUCCCCACAGUGCUGACCUGGGCCAUGUGUUUGACCAGGUCCUGGUAGUGGACGUGCUGGACAGUGGAGACCAAGCACAUCUAUCCUGGCUGGGACGACCAGAACUGGGGGUCACUUUCACCAAGCUCCACUGUUGGACCCUCACCCAAUACAGCAAAUGUGUUUUCCUGGAUGCAGACACACUCGUAAGUGUACUGAAAUCUCCCUAGACACCACUUGUCUCUAAUAUAAACACCCACUCAAUAAUCAAUUUGUUUUAAAACCAAGGAAUCAAUCUUACUAUGUCAAAGCUUGAUCUUUACCAGCAAAUCAAUUUUAAUAUUUGAGUUGUGCAAUAUUGAUCUGUAACUAACAUGGACCCAAACAUAGUUAUUGAAAGGUAAAUCAGUACCUAACAUGAAUGUUACAAUCGCCAUGGGACAAACCGUCAUAUUUUUGCUCUGUAAAAAGAAGUACAGAGGGCUUUUCAUGUGCUGCAGAGAUAGGCGUGUUUGGUUUGAGUGUCAAGGCCAAGCAAAUAGAGCCCCAACUGGUCACAGGGCCAUGUAGGAAGUUCAACUGAAAAUGAAACAUAAUGAGCACAUCCAAACAUAAACCAGCAAUACCAUACAAUCAUUAUGAACUCUCGUUAUAGAAAACUUCCAAAAGUAUGUGCUGUACCUACAAAUGGCAUCUUGACACUUGAUCUGGAACUUGACGUUGAUCAAAUCUGUGUUCAUGUGGCAGAAAAUGUCCAACAUAUGUCCUCUGUACAAAUGGCAUCAUAAACUUGACCUUGACUUUGAGUUUUGAUAUUUUUGAUGUACUAACCUGCUCUGUUUCCUGUUGACUCAUGACCCUCCCUGGCCUGUAGGUGCUGUGUAAUGUGGAUGAGCUGUUUGAGCGUGAGGAGAUGUCUGCGGUCAGUAAACACCUGCCUUUUGUGUACAACCUCAGUGCCAUCGCAGUCUACACCUAUCUACCUGCUUAUCAAGAGUGAGUAUUAUUUUACUUCAAAUGGAUAAUUUCAGUAAAUAUGACAUUUCCCUGAUUGAAAAAGCAUAUUUUGUACCACAAGCCUGACUCCAACCCUGCUACUGUUUUUUUUGCCUGAUGUUGACCAUAUUGUACUGUUAUCCUGGUCCCACACAGAUAUGGUCACAAUGCUAAGAUUGUCCACUUCCUGGGUUCAGUCAAGCCAUGGAAUCAACGUUCUAACUCACAGACCAAUCAGCACACCAACAGCCCCCUGGAAGAGUUUGUUUACCAGUGGUGGACGGAGUACUCCUACUUACUUCUCCUUACAAAGACAAUGUCCCAUCAAGAACCUGCUGUGCCAAUCCAACAUGCUGGGCCAAAGCAACAUGUAAGACGCAGUAGAAUUGACUCAUGUAUUUUCCUCAUACUGUAUAUGCACUCUAUAACAUACACAUACAAAACAAAGUGUAAAUGUCUUAGCAUUGCAGUGUCAUGUACUGUAUACUGUGAACUAACAUAGUGCGUCACAGCAGAGCUUAUACAACAUUUGAACAUUUAGGUACAGUGCCUUGCAAAAGUAUUCAUCCCCCUAUUUUGUUGCAUUACAACCUGUAAUUUAAAUGGAUUUUUAUUUGGAUUUCAUGUAAUGGACAUACACAAAAUAGUCAAAAUUGGUGAAGUGAAAUGAAAGAAAUAACAUAAAAAGUAAAUAACAGAAAAGUGGUGCGUGCAUAUGUAUUCAACCCCUUUGCUAUGAAGCCCUUAAAUAAGAUCUGGUGCAACCAAUUACCUUCAGAAGUCACAUAAUUAGUUAAAUAAAGUCCACAUGUGUGCAAUCUAAGUGUCACAUGAUCUGUCACAUGAUCUCAGUAUAUAUACACCUGUUCUGAAAGGCCCCAGAGUCUGCAACACCACUAAGCAAGGGGCACCACCAAACAAGCGGCACCAUGAAGACCAAGGAGCUCUCCAAACAGGUCAGGGACAAAGUUGUGGAGAAGUACAGAUCAGGGUUGGGUUAUAAAAAAAUAUCUGAAACUUUGAACAUCCCACGGAGCACCAUUAAAUCCAUUAUUAAAAAAUUGAAAUAAUAUGGCACCACAACAAACCUGCCAAGAGAGGGCCGCCCACCAAAACUCACGGACCAAGCAAGGAGGGCAUUAAUCAGAGAGGCAACAAAGACACCAAAGAGAACCCUGAAGGAGCUGCAAAGCUCCACAGCAGAGAUUGGAGUAUCUGUCCAUAGGACCACUUUAAGCCGUACACUCCACCGAGCUGGGCUUUAUGGAAGAGUGGCCAGAAAAAAGCCAUUGCUUAAAGAAAAAAAUAAGCAAACACGUUUGGUGUUCACCAAAAGGCAUGUGGGAGACUCCCUAAACAUAUGGAAGAAGGUACUCUGGUCAGAUGAGACGAAAAUUGAGCUUUUUGGCCAUCAAGGAAAACGCUAUGUCUGUCGCAAACCCAACACCUCUCAUCACCCCAAGAACACCAUCCCCACAGUGAAGCAUGGUGGUGGCAGCAUCAUGCUGUGGGGAUGUUUUUAAUUGGCAGGGACUGGGAAACUGGUCAGAAUUGAAGGAAUGAUGGAUGGCGCUAAAUACAGGGAAAUUCUUGAGGGAAACCUGUUUCAGUCUUCCAGAGAUUUGAGACUGGGAUUGAAGUUCACCUUCCAGCAGGACAAUGACCCUAAACAUACUGCUAAAGCAACACUCAAGUGGUUUAAGGGGAAACAUUUAAAUGUCUUGGAAUGGCCUAGUCAAAGCCCAGACCUCAAUCCAAUUGAGAAUCUGUGGUAUGACUUAAAGAUUGCUGUGCACCAGCGGAACCCAUCCAACUUGAAGGAGCUGGAGCAGUUUUGCCUUGAAGAAUGGGCAAAAAUCCCAGUGGCUAGAUGUGCCAAGCUUAUAGAGACAUACCCCAAGAGACUUGCAGCUGUAAUUGCUGCAAAAGGUGGCUCUACAAAGUAUUGACUUUGGGGGGGUGAAUAGUUAUGCACGCUCAAGUUCUGUUUUUCGGUCUUAUUUCUUGUUUGUUUCACAAUAAAAAAUAUUUAGCAUCUUCAAAGUGGUAGGCAUGUUGUGUAAAUCAAAUGAUACAAACCCCCAAAAACUCCAGGUUGUAAGGCAACAAAAUAGGAAAAAUGCCAAGGGGGGUGAAUACUUUCGCAAGCCACUGUAAAUAUUUGCAUUUGACAGACUGCAUAGUGGGACUACAAUGUACAUCCUAUAGAGAACAUGUGUGUUUUCUCCUAUGUCUGUUGUUCUUACGCAAAUGUACCACCGAGAGAGAUCAGAGUCCAGUACUCUUGUCCCCGUACUCUUCUCCUCUCUACACACCUCUACCAACGUACCUUAGGUGGUUCUCAACAGUACACACCAUCACACUUUUUUUCACAGAGCCAGGGGAGAGAAGAAGAGAAGCCAAAGGGGAGAGAAGAAGAGAAGCCAAAGGGGAGAGAAGAAGAGAAGCCAAAGGGGAGAGAAGCUACAGUGUCGUUGAUAGAGGACCUCACAGAAUCAUUACUCCGAGAAGUCACUCUGCUCACAGAGGAGAGGAAGAAGAGGCCCGAUUCACCCACACAGCCAGGAGAAAUGGUUAGUCUUUAACAAAAGGUGAUAGAGCUUUUGCCUCUGCAUUAUCUAUUCAUUAUGAUUAUUAAUUAGUUAUGACUUAGGUGUCUGAUAGAUCUUUAACCUAGCUCCGAAUUACUAUCAGCUUGAGGGAUUUUGCGAAUUUAAGGUUAUCGCAGUGGCACACUUAAGGUUGUGAUUCUAGAGGCUGUGCACACCCUGCCAAUGUCAAUGCAUCAUAGGAAGGAACAGUGUGAGAAAGUGACUGAAAUGCUUUCUCAAAACCUAUUGAAAUCUGACUCAGUGACCUAUAUGAUUGAGGCCAUUGCUGUCAAUACUUGCAACCUGGUGAAUACAAAUCAGUGGGUACUAAUUACCCACUCUAAUAGUAAAUAUGUAUCAUUUAACUAUAACAAAUCUUAAAGUGGAUGCUUGUCAAAUGCUUACAAUUUUAGUUGUCUUGGUGUCUCUAGCGCAUGUUGUUGUGGAACGACCUAUAACUCACUCCAUGUGUGGUUGGUCCCUGUCCUACAGCGUACCCAACAUCAGGAUGUAUCUACGGGGGAGGAGGGAGGAGCUGGAGACAGAAAAGCCAAUCAGGACCCACCUGGACCCAGUGAGGAGGGGUCAGAGGUCACUGAAACAGCCUCCAACACCAUGGAGGAUCCUGCCACUGAACCUGUACGUCACCUGUCUACACUAACAUACACUGAGUGUACAAAACAUUAGGAAAGCUAUGAUCCCUUAUUGAUGUCACUUGUUAUAUCCACUUAAAUCAGUGAUGAAGGGGAGGAGACAGGUUAAAGACAAUUGAGACAUGGAUUGUGUAUGUGUGCCAUUCAGAGGGUGAAUGGGCAAGACAAAAGAUUUCAGUGCCUUUGAACAGGGUAUGGUAAUAAGUGCCUGGCGAACCGGUAUGAGUGUGUCAAGAACUGCAACGCUGCUGGGUUUUUCACGCUCAACAGUUUCCCGUGUGUAUCAAGAAUGGUCCACCACCCAGAGGACAUCCAUCCAACUUUGGGAAGCAUUGGAGUAAACAUGGACCAGCAUCCCUGUGGAAUGCCCCGACGAAUUGAGGCUGUUCUUGCAACUCAAUGUUAGGUAGUUGUUCCGAAUGUUUUGUACACUCAGUGUAUAUUUAAAGCCUACUAUUAGGAACUGAUUUAAGAAAUUAUCGAUCUAUCGUCCCAUGUUUAAAUGAUCAACAUUGUUGUUGGCAAAAUACACAUUCCUACUGUAGUAACAUCCUCUGCUGGUGCACAACAGUAUUAACACAUUUGACCUCACAACAAAAUAUCACACAUCGUAUUGCUUCAAGGCCUCCCAGUAACUAUUCCUUAGUCAUUUAUUUGUAUGUCCCUCAUGUCUCCAUCUUUCAUUUUUCAUUACUCUUCUGACUGAUGGUGAAUGGAAUAGAUACCUAAUCUAUUUUUGUUAUCAUCUUGGUUAUUUCUAAUAUCAUUAAUCAUCUUGGUUACUUAUCUAUUAUAUAAUCUUGGUUAUUUUGAAUCUCUUUUAUCAUCUUGGUUAUUUCAAAUGUAUUUUUUUGUUACAUCUCGGUUAUUUCCUGAAAUAUUAUCUUGGUUAUUUCCUUGUAGACUGCUGCAGAGACAGAGGAGGAUGAUCUGGAGCAGCGUAGGCUAUGGGAGGAUGGCCAGGCUGACUACCUGGGCAAAGACGCUUUCGACAACAUCCAGAAAAAACUGGACCGAUGUUUAGAUUAG